ACGUGGCCUUGAGAUUUCUCUGUUCGACCAUCUUCUCCUCGACCCCACCCACGCCCCCCAAAGAUUUUUUUUUUUUUUUUUCAUAUUCUGCUUGUGUUCUCAAAAUCACCGGGUCACCAAUCUUCUGAAAAGAAAAAGGUCUCCAAUGGCCUGCAGCUCCCAGUCCUUAAUAUCUGCCAACACCUGCGUGUUUCCCUCCAAGAGGAUUCUAAGAAAGCCCCAAAGGAUUGUCCAAUGGAACACGAGGCUCUUCACCGUGAACGCUUCCACAGAAGAAUCUGACUGCAAUGCCGAAGAGUGUGCUCCGGAUAAGGAGGUUGGAAAGGUCAGCAUGGAAUGGUUGGCUGAGGAGAGAACAAAGGUCGUUGGGACAUACCCACCUCGGAAACGGGGUUGGACUGGUUAUGUUGAGAAAGAUACUGCUGGACAAACAAAUAUAUACUCAGUUGAGCCUGCAGUUUAUGUGGCAGAGAGUGCAAUAAGCUCAGGGAGUGCGGGCACAUCAGCAGAGGGAGCUGAGAAUACUGUGGCCAUUACUGCUGGCGUGGCCCUCUUAUCGAUCGCUGCAGCCUCUUCCAUUCUUCUCCUGGUUGGUAAGAACCAACCACAAGUUCAGAGCAUAGACUACUCUGGACCACCUCUAAGUUACUACAUCAACAAGUUCAAGCCAGUCAAUAUUGUUGAAGCUUCAGUCCCCCCCGAAUCUCAAACUUCUCCCAAUUUAGAAGCCACAGUGCCUCCUGAAUCUUCGAGUUAUUCGACCAUAGAAGCGUCGGUCCCCCCUGAACCUCAAGUUCCUUCGGGUAUGCAAUCAUAAAGCAAUUCUAAUGUGCGUGAAGUUCCAAGUCGAGUAAAAGAACAUGCAGGGCUUUCUAACUGCAAGUAUAAGCAAUGUUUCUUGAGCAUUGCCUCAGCCUCUACUUCUGAGAAUGUACAAUGAAUUUUGUAGCACUAAAUUGUAUUUGAGAUAUGUUUUGUUAUAUACAUGACCAAACCUGUGAUUAAUGCAAGUGCUUUUGUAUAA